AUGAGGCUGUGUCAUGUAUGCGUUGCCAGUCUCCUUUGCUAUGCGUCUAGUACCAUCUUGCUUGAAAUAAUCUCGCCAGAUAGUGGUGCCUCGCUUGACUUGGCCGAUUUGCGUGCCAACGGUGGUAUCAAUGUGGAUAUCUCUGUGGUAGUUGAGACCCACGCAGAGUUUAUCCACGACGUCAACGGAAGCUCAAUCUGCAUAUACAUCAACGGGAGCACCUUUCCUAACAAUCUAAAGUUUGCAGCUGCGAAAGGCGCCCUGGGCCUUGUCAUGCCAACGACAGCAUGGCAAGUUGGGCGGACAUGGUUGCAUGUCCAAUUGUUCAAAACUAGCCAGUCUGGUCAACUGGAGUGUGGGGAGACUAACAGCGCGAUGCAGGUAGCAAGCAUGCCAAUAUUCAUUGACAUAGCUGACAGGAAAAGUCGCCAAUCAACAGCACAGCUGCUUAUCGUGGUUCCGGAUGCGCAUGUUUUUGCCCUGGAGAUACUCGAGUCAUCAAAUAUCUAUCCUUCUAUCACGCUCGUUGCCGAGUCCUCUCUAUUUGAUGGUGUGGUGGAGGACACCUGGCACAACUAUGCGCUGCAAAUGGCACUCAAACUGCUUGUGGCACGGCACGUGACAACAGAGCAUUACAUUACAUUAGAUGCCGACGUUGUUGUUGUCGGGGACUUGAGCGUUCACAGCGGAACCGCGGAGUAUCCACCCGCACUGGUGGCGAGGGUCUUCCGCACUACUAGGAAUCUCCGACGAAUCGUUUCCCAUGGCAGUGCCCUUACUGCCACGGCCUCAGUCAAGAAUCGUUUCGAAAAAAUUGACUGGCAAGAAGUUUGGCUCAGGUCCUGGGAGACUGGACUGUGGUGGAGUGAGUACACUCUAUACCGACUUGCACUUGACAGACACGGUCUUUUCAAGAAGCUCCACGCCGCCUACGGAUCCUCCAUUCUGUGUCAUGCGGUAUGGGUUCCAAGCGAAUUGCCUUGGGAUAUACUCGCGGCGUUUCGCGACCCCAUGUGCAUCUUUUCUCUAGUCCAAUCCACGACAAACACCCCACCCUCCGCAAUUGCCGCUAGUGUAAGCGCGCACAUGAGGGGGUGGCGGCGGGGGCGGGGUAGCUGGCUCUAG